UCCCGGGCUUCUCUCUCCCAUUUCCCUCGCCCUUCUUCCGCUCCUUCCCACCGAAGCCACCACCGCGCCACCCCUAAACCCGACCCUCCGCCCGCUUCCAGACCCUUCUCGAGCUCUCUCUAGCCUCUCGCCUCUCGCCAUGGGGAAGGGGAAGAGCCGCCGCGGCGCCGGAGGAGGGCGCGCGCCGGCGGCGAGCGCGAGCGACGUCCAGCGAGCCGCCGCGGCGCUCACCCUCGCCGAAGCCGCCGCCCGCCACGGGUUCGAGGUCACCGACGUCGGUUCGACACCCUUGUCUUUCGCGGUGGCACAUGGGGAAAUGACUGCUGCGUGGUAUUUUCUUGACAAAGGUGCUAAUCCCAACACAAAAAGUUCCUCCACCGGCACGACUCCUCUGCAUGAAGCAGUAGCAACAGGCUGUGAUGAAAUUGCACAACUGCUGCUAUCGAAAGGAGCUAAUGUUGAGGCACCUUCUCCUCAUGGGACACCUCUAGUUGCCGCUGCAGCCCAUGGGAAGUUCAAUGCUAUGAAGAUUUUGCUGGAGCACCAUGCAGAUCCGAACAAAGUCUCAUGGGACUUUGGUACACCCCUGACCACAGCACUCUAUGCUACUCCUGACAGAAUGAAUGAGUCCACCUGCUUAGAGUGCGUGAAACUUCUUGUCAAGGCUGGCGCGGAUGUCAAUUGUACAAUUCCUGAAACUCCAUUGGCAAUAGCAACUAACAAUGGCUUAACCACAUGCUUUAAAUACUUGUUGGAGGUUGGCGCCAAUAUCAAUGUUCCAGCUAACCAGGUUAAGAAAAGUGACAGUGAUAGCAAAGCUCCACUGAAAUCAAGCGGUGCAAAAGCUGUUAGGGGGAAGAACUAUGUUGCCGCAUCAAAAUUGUGUUCUGAGGGCAAGUCAAGUGACAAAGAUAGGAAGGCUCGGCUGAAAUCACAAGGUGCAAAAGCAGUUGAGGGCAAGGACUAUGCCACCGCAUCAAAAUUCUAUACAGAGGCAAUCAAGCUGGAUCCCGCUGACGCGGUGUUGUAUUCGAACAGGAGCCUUUGCCAUCUGAAGUGUGGUGAAGCACAUGAUGCUUUGAUGGAUGCCAAUGCUUGCAUAAGUCUGGACCCUAAGUGGCAUAAAGGUUACUACCGUAAAGGAGCCGCCCUUAUGUCUCUUCUGGAGUACAAAGAGGCCUCUGAUGCGUUCUCGGCUGGAAUGAAACUGGCGCCUAACAGCAAGGAGAUGCAGGAGGCGCAUAGGGAGGCGGUUGAGGCAAUGAGGAAGGAACAGUCUGAGCCGAGUCUCUACGCACUGGAUUAGUUCUUCAGGAGUGCUUCUGCUUCCACAGUAGUCUUUUCGGAAUGUUCGUUCUGUGUAUAUGUACCUGUAAAAAGGUAGAACGUACUUGUGUAGUGGUUUUGCAUGUUACGAUCAAAAACGCUCUUUGGAUGCUGGGAGCUCUUAUCAGUACCUGAAACUGUUACCAAAUGCCGCUCGGCAGUCGGCAUGUCUUCUUUUUUCUGCGUGUUUGAUGCAGCUUGGAUGUUUUCAUUGGUUUUCCGAUCAAGAUGUAUUGGUCCUCCGCUCAGGGCUUGCAAGAGCAACUCUAGUGGAUCCUGCAGAAUUUCGAUUGCCAUAAGGACAUUUGUUAAUAUUUAUGGAGGCUAAAACGGUUGAAGGCAAA